CGCAUCGAGGUGGGCUCACUCUUGUUUCAAACAUUUAAAUAGUUUAAAAAGAAGUUUUUUUUUUCUUGUAAGUAAAUGCACAGACGGUGAACCGCAGAAAUAGCGCCAUGCAGUCAAUAGUGCGAGUAGCCGUCUGUCUCAUCCUCCUCACGUCCGUCCUGGCGAGUGCUUACCACAACAGUGCAAAGCUCCGUCGAGAUGGCGUGCUGAAUUUGUACCCGUUCCCGCGCGUGGGCCGCGCCAGCCGACACACGUGGCAGGUCCCAUUACCCCCCAGCGAAAUGUAUUUAGAAUACGAGCCACUAGAGAAGCGGCAAUUGUACGCGUUCCCGCGGGUGGGUCGCGGCGAUCCGUCUCUGUUCCAGGACGCCCUCCGUUCUGACAUGCAGCUGCCAAAGCGCCGCGGGGUCUCGGACAACAACGGCAUGUGGUUCGGGCCUAGGGUCGGCAGGUCCUUCAAGAGCGAGGAUGAUGAUAUCACUUUCCAGAACGAAAGCAGAGACCAUAGUGACCCCGAACUAAUGGACCCCGUACCUGUUGAGCGGGAAAAGAGACAAACUAAACAAAAUUAACUUGCAUUUCUUCUAAACACGCUGCAAUACUAAACUACACGGAAUAAUGCCCUAAAUAAAAGUCUGUUCUAGCAUAGAGAUAAUUUAACGGGUAAAUACCAGUUACUAUAGCCCAAAUGUCCCGUCACUAGUUGCUUGUAAGAUUCGAUUUAUAAAAUUAUGAAUUUGUAAAUGGAACUCGUAUCAUUGGAAUUAACUUAAUAAAUGUAAUAAAUAAAUAGUAGAGUUGUUAUAUUCUAGUUGCCAGGAUUAUUUCGAAGGCUGGGUGGAUUCUUUUUUUAUAGCUUUACUCAUAAAAUCCACGAAAUGAUUCUGGCUAACUGUAUUAAAGUAUUUACGAUUAAUUGUUUGUAAAUCGUCAGUUUAUUGAAAUA